AUGAAACCAUUUCCAUUAAUCACUUUCCUUCUUUUGCCUUUGAUGGGAGUGACAAAAGUCUCGGACCAGUCUUUCGCUCUUUGUGGUGACCAGAAAGGCUUUAUACGAUGUGCCAAUGGUACAAAGAUACAGAUUGUUUCUGCUAAUUAUGGUCGAACAGAUCAGCAUGUAUGUCCCGGGAAUAAUACUAAUACAAACACCUGUCGGUCAAAGACCUCUGAAAUCAAAGUCAAAUGGAACUGUAAUGGAUACAGAAUGUGUCACCUACAUGCCUCAAAUAAAAUCUUUGGAGAUGAAUGUCCAAAUUACAGUAAAUAUUUAGAAAUCACCUAUCGGUGUGUUCAGGAGUCAAAAGCACUUUCAGAAGGAAAAUCCUUCAUAGCUUUCCACGCAUGUACUCAUAGGACCCUACACUUUCAUAGGAAUACUCCAACCAACAUUGUAUAUGACGGUGCUUAUUUCAAUAACGGGAGCGCAUACGACACUCACUCCGGAUUUUUCACUGCGCCAUCUGACGGACUGUACACCUUUGCUUGGUCUAGUUUGGUAGGGGGACGAAAAAUAUUUAACUCUGAAAUUUGCGUUAAUAGUUAUAGGAAAGGAUUGCUAGGCUGUAACAAUGAAGAUAAUCCAGGGCUUCAGUCUUGCUCUAAUACUGUACCACUAAUUUUGAAAUCCGGCGACAGAGUUAAUAUUCGUUCUAUUACAGGAAAUAAUUUGUUGCCGUUUUAUUCAAGUUUUCAGGGAUGGAAAAUUUGA